AUGGCAUCAGUGGAGCUAGUGAUAGUAUCAGUGGAGCUAAUGAUGACAUCAGUGGAGCUAGUGAUGGCAUCAGUGGAGCUAGUGAUGGAAUCAGUGGAUGGAACUAGUCGUGGCAUCUGUGGAACUAGUGAUGACAACAGUGGAACUAGUGAUGGCAUCAGUGGAACUAGUUUUGGCAUCAAUGGAACUAGUGAUGACAACAGUGGAACUAGUGAUGGCAUCAGUGGAACUAGUGAAGUCAUUAGUGGAACUAGUCGUGGCAUCAGUGGAGCUAGUGGUGGCAUCAGUGGAGCUAGUGACAACAUCAAUGGAACUAGUGGUGGCAUCAUGGAGCUAGUGAUGGCACCAGUAGAACUAGUUUUGGCAUCAGUGGAACUAGUGGUAGCAUCAGUGGAACUAGUGAUGGCAUUAGUGGAACUAGUGGUGGCAUCAGUAGAACUAGUGGUGGCAUUAGUGGAACUAGUGAUGGCAUUAGUGGAACUAGUGGUGGCAUCAGUGAACUAUGGAGCUAGUGACAACAUCAAUGGAACUAGUGGUGACAUGAGUGGAACUAGUGGUGCCAUCAGUGGAGCUAGUGAUGACAUCACUGGAGCUAGUGAUGGCAUCAGUGGAACUAGUGGUGACAUCAUUGGAACUAGUGGAGAUAUAAGUGGUGCUAUUGGUGACAUCCGUGGAGCUAGUGUCGGCAUCACUGGUGCUAGUAGUGACAUCACUGAUGGUAGUGGUGAUUCCUGUCACACCUCUGGCUUUUAA